AUGAGUUUUGCCUCAAGAUUACAACCCCACGGGGAGCAACCCGCUCAGACCAUCCCGACCGUCUCUGUCCAGAAGAAUAUGCGCUCGGGAAUAUGUGGACGACUCUCUCACUGGCUGUGGCCGACGUGGUGGAGCCCUCCCUGUGAGCCAUCGACAACUCCCCGCCCAACCCGCCAGCCUUACGACGACUGCAAAGCAUGCCGUGAAUGGCAUGUCGUUUGCGAUCACGCCAAGCCGCAGUGUUCCCACUGCUGCCAGGAACAACUCCUAUGCUUCUACGUCGAUCCCACAGCGAAACCGAAGAUCAAACGCAAGCCAAAGGCCGAUGUGCCAAUUCUAAAGCCAAUAGUGCCCCCGUCUAAACGUUCUCCCGGAAGAGAACAGACUCCACUCCAAAGCACAGCAACAACAUGA